AUGGACCCCGGAACCUCUCUUAGGCACCUGUUCCUGGUGCUGCAACUGGUGAUGCUCUCACCUGGCACUCAGGGGAAAAAAGUGGUGCUGGGUAAGGCAGGAGACCUCGCAGAGCUGCCCUGCAAAGCUUCCCAGAAUAAGAGCCUGCCCUUCAGCUGGAAAAAUUCUUACCAGACCAAGAUUCUGGGGCGUAUUGGCUCCUUCUGGCACAAAGGUUCCUCCAACCUGAACUCUCGAGUCGAAUCGAAAAGAAACCUGUGGGACCAAGGAUCCUUUCCUCUGGUCAUCAAGGAUCUUGAAGUACCAGACUCGGGGACUUACAUCUGCGAAGUGGAGGACAAGAGGAUAGAGGUGGAAUUGAAGGUGUUCAGAUUGACUGCCAGCUCGGACACGCGCUUGCUGCUGGGACAGAGCCUGACCCUGACCUUGGAAGGCCCCUCUGGCAGUAACCCUUCGGUGCAAUGGCAAGGUCCAGGGAAUAGAAGGGAGAAUGAGGCCAAGAGUCUGUCACUGCCCCAGGUGGGGUUGCAGGACAGCGGCACGUGGACAUGUACCGUCUCCCAGGACCAGCAGACGCUGGUGUUCAGCAAACGCAUCCUGGUGCUAGCCUUCCAGGAGGUCUCCAGCACAGUCUAUGCAAAGGACGGGGAGCACAUGAACUUUUCCUUCCCCCUCACAUUCGAAGAUGAAAAUCUGAGCGGGGAGCUGAGGUGGCUGCAGGCGGAGGGGAGUUCCUCCCCCGAGUCCUGGAUCACCUUCACCUCGAAGAACAAGGUGGUGACUGUGCAAAAUGCUCGCAAGGACCUCAAGCUCCACCUGAAUGAGAGGCUCCCGCUCCACCUCACUUUGCCCCGGGCUUUGCCUCAGUACGCAGGUUCUGGAAACCUGACCCUGAAUCUCACCAAGGGGAAGUUGUCUCAGGAAGUGAACCUUGUGGUGAUGAGAGUGACUAAGUCCCCAAACAGUUUGACCUGUGAGGUGCUGGGACCCACCUCCCCCAGCCUGACACUGAGCUUGAAGUUGGAGAACCAGAGUAUGAGGGUCUCAGCUCAGCAGAAGCUGGUGACGGUGCUGGGCCCUGAAGCAGGGAUGUGGCAGUGUCUACUGAGCGACAAGGGCAAAGUCCUGCUGGAAUCCAAGGUCAAGAUUUCUUUCAUCUUUAUAGCAUUUCAGGCUGCCUUUCUAGCUCAGGGGCCCCUGGCUAUGCUGGAGCAUUUUGAUACCAUCUACAGCAUUCUGCAUCACUUUCGAAGUAUAGACCCUGGCCUCAAGGAAGAUACUCUGGAAUUCCUGAUAAAAGUGGUAUCCCGCCACUCCCAGGUACUUCCCGCCAUCUUGGAUGAUGCAACUUUGAGUGGGUCAGAUAGAAGCGCACACCUAAAUGCCCUCAAGAUGAACUGCUAUGCUCUGAUAUGCCUCUUGGAAUCCUUUGAGACCAUGACCAGCCAGACAAGCCUCAUGGACCUGGACCUUGGUGGGAAGGGUAGGAAAGCCCGGGCCAAGGCAACCCAUGGCUUUGACUGGGAAGAAGAGAGGCAACCAAUUCUUCAGCUUUUAACACAGCUGCUCCAGUUGGACAUCCGUCACCUGUGGAGUCACUCAAUAAUCGAAGAGGAGUUUGUCAGUUUGGUUACUGGCUGCUGCUACCGCCUCCUAGAGAACCCCACCAUUAGUCACCAGAAGAACCGCUCCACCCGGGAAGCCAUAACACACCUGCUUGGUGUCGCCUUGACACGUUAUAACCAUAUGCUGAGUGCCACUGUGAAGAUCAUCCAGAUGCUGCAGCACUUUGAACACCUGGCAUCUGUACUGGUGGCAGCUGUGAGUCUGUGGGCAACUGAUUAUGGAAUGAAGAGCAUAGUAGGAGAGAUUGUAAGAGAGAUUGGACAGAAGUGUCCCCAGGACUUGAGUCGGGACCCUUCAGGGGCAAAGGGCUUUGCCGCCUUCCUGACAGAACUAGCGGAGCGUGUCCCGGCCAUCCUGAUGUCCAGCAUGUGCAUUCUACUAGAUCAUCUGGAUGGAGAGCACCACGUGAUGCGCAAUGCCGUGCUGGCGGCCAUGGCGGAGAUGGUGCUGCAGGUUCUGAGCGGGGAUCAGCUGGAGGCGGCAGCCCGGGACACCCGAGACCAGUUCUUAGGCACCUUGCAGGCCCACGGCCACGACGUCAGCUCCUUUGUGCGCAGCCGAGUUUUGCAACUCUUUACCCGAAUCGUCCAGCAGAAGGCUCUGCCCCUGACACAUUUCCAGGCAGUGGUGGCCUUAGCAGUGGGGCGUCUGGCAGACAAGUCGGUGCUGGUUUGUAAAAACGCCAUCCAGCUGCUGGCCAGUUUUCUCGCCAAUAAUCCCUUUUCCUGCAAGCUUAGUGAUGCUGACCUUGCUGGACCGCUGCAGAAGGAAACCCAGAAAUUACAAGAGAUGAGGGCCCAGAGGCGAGCUGCAGCUGCUUCCGCAGUGCUGGACCCAGGGGAGGAGUGGGAAGCCAUGCUGCCAGAGUUGAAGGCUACCCUGCAGCAGCUGCUGAAGCUUCCCCAGGAAGGAGAGGGGAUGCCUGAGGAGGUUGCCGAAACAGAGACGGCGGAAGAGGUGGAAGGACGCAUCCGUCGAUUGCUAGCCAAAGCUAGUUACAAGCAGGCCAUCAUUCUCACUCAAGAAGCCAUAGGCCACUUCCAGGAUUCUGAGCCUUUCUGUCAUAUGGACCCAGAGGAGUCAGAGAAGACCAGGUUCCUGAAUCUCUUAGGAACUAUCUUCAAAGGCCCAGCAGCUCCCACACAGGAGAAGAAUCCCCAGGGGGCUGCAGGGAACUUGGGCCCAGGAGAGACUGGCUGUAAAGACAAGCCCAGUGUGUCAGAGCCUGAGAAAUGCAGGGAAAACGAUGAGCUGGUGAAGCAGGAGAUGCUGGUGCAGUAUCUGCAGGACGCCUACAGCUUCUCUCUGAAGAUCACAGAGGCCAUUGGCAUCAUAAGCAAGAUGAUGUAUGAACACACAACUACAGUGGUACAGGAGGUGAUUGAAUUCUUUGUGACGGCGCUCCAAUUUGGGGUUCCCCAGGCCCUGCUCGGGGUGCGCCGCGUGCUGCCUCUCAUCUGGUCGAAGGAGCCUGGUGUCCGGGAAGCUGUGCUGAAUGCCUACCGCCAACUUUACCUCAGACCUAAGGGGGACUCCGCCAGAGCCAAGGCCCAGACUUUGAUUCACAAUCUCUCUUUGCUGCUAGUGGAUGCCUCAGUUGGGACCAUUCAGUGUCUUGAGGAAAUUCUCUGUGAGUUUGUGCAGAAGGAUGAAUUGAAACCAGCAGUGACCCAAGUGCUGUGGGAGCGGGCAACCAAGAAGGUGCCCUGCUCUCCUCUGGAGCGCUGUUCCUCUGUCAUGCUUCUUGGGAUGAUGGCACGGGGAAAACCAGAAAUUGUGGGAAGCAACUUAGACACACUGGUGAGCAUAGGGCUGGACGAGAAGCUUCCACAGGACUACAGAUUGGCCCAACAGGUGUGCCAUGCCAUUGCCAACAUCUCCGACAGGAGGAAGCCUUCUCUGGGCAAACGUCACCCUCCCUUCCGGCUGCCUCAGGAACACUGCUUGUUUGAGCGACUGCAGGAGACGGUCACAAAAGGCGUUAUCCACCCAGACCCACUCUGGAUCCCAUUCAAGGAGGCGGCGGUGACCCUCAUUUACCAGCUGGCAGAGGGCCCCGAGGUGAUCUGUGCCCGGAUGCUGCAGGGCUGUGCAAAGCAGGCCCUGGAGAAGCUGGGAGAGAAAAGCACCCCCCACGGGGCCCCAAAGGACACCCCCAUGCUCCCCACUUUCCUGUUGAUGAACCUGCUGUCCCUGGCCGGGGAUGUGGCUCUGCAGCAGCUGGUGCAUCUGGAGCAGGCAGUGAGUGGAGAGCUCUGUCGGCGCCGAGUUCUUCGGGAAGAACAGGAGCAUAAGAAGAAAGAACCAAAGGAGAAGAAUCCAACCUCUGAGGCCACCAUGGAGGAGGAGAUGGGGCUGGUUGGGGCUACAGCUGACGACACCGAGGCAGAACUCAUCCGCGGCAUCUGUGAGCUGGAGCUGCUAGAUGGCAAACAGACACUGGCUGCCUUUGUUCCACUUCUGCUGCAAGUCUGCAACAACCCUGGUCUCUACAGCAACCCAGAGCUCUCUGCAGCCGCUUCACUCGCCCUCGGCAAGUUCUGCAUGAUCAGUGCCACUUUCUGUGACUCCCAGCUUCGUCUUCUGUUCACCAUGCUAGAGAAGUCGUCACUCCCCGUCGUUCGCGCUAACCUCAUGAUUGCUACCGGGGAUCUGGCCAUCCGCUUCCCCAACCUGGUGGACCCCUGGACCCCUCAUCUGUACGCUCGUCUCCGGGACCCCGCUCAGCAAGUGCGGAAAACAGCCGGGCUGGUGAUGACCCACCUGAUCCUGAAGGACAUGGUGAAGGUGAAGGGGCAGGUGAGCGAGAUGGCCGUGCUGCUCAUCGACCCUGCCCCUCAGAUCGCUGCCCUGGCCAAGAACUUCUUCAAUGAGCUCUCCCACAAGGGCAAUGCGAUCUAUAACCUCCUUCCAGAUAUCAUCAGCCGCCUGUCAGCCCCUGAGGGAGGAGUGGAGGAGGAGCCUUUCCACACCAUCAUGAAGCAGCUCCUUUCCUACAUCACCAAGGACAAGCAGACCGAGAGCCUUGUGGAGAAGCUGUGUCAGCGGUUCCGCACGGCCCAGACCGAGCGCCAGUACCGGGACCUGGCCUACUGCGUGUCACAGCUGCCUCUCACAGAGCGGGGCCUCCGCAAGAUGCUGGAAAACUUUGACUGCUUUGGAGAUAAACUGUCAGACGAGUCCGUCUUCAGCGCCUUUUUGUCCGUUGUGGGCAAGUUGCGGCGUGGAGCCAAGCCCGAGGGCAAGGCUGUAAUAGAUGAAUUCGAGCAGAAGCUUCAGGCCUGUCACACCAGAGGUUUGGAUGCAAUAGAGGAACUUGAGAUUGGCCAAGCGGGUAGCCAGAGAGCCCCAUCAGCCAGGAAACAGCCUGCUGUCUCUAGACACCGGCAUCUGGCUUCUGCAGCGUCACAAAGUGACUUUGUCACACCUGAGCCCCGCCGUACUACCCGAUGGCGUCCGGGCACCCAGCAGCAAGUUUCAAGAAAGAAACUCAGAAUUGUCUUCUCAAGUGAUGAGUCCAGCGAGGAAGAACCAUCAGCAGAGAUGACAGAAGAUGAGACACCCAAGAAAACCACCCCCAUCCGCCGAGCAUCUGCUCACAGGCACAGGUCCUAGGGGCAGCCUUGCCUGUUCCCAACCCUGCUGUGCAGGUGUCUUGUGGAGUGACCUUGAAUUCCAUUCCCCUUGUAAAAUACUUGUUUGCCUGUCUCCUUGUUUUUUUAAUGCAUAAAUGGUCUUUAUGACAGACAGCUUUGCUCUUAAACUAGCCUAACUGAGCCGAGUUGAGCUGCUUUCCUUGGAAUAUACAUUUGCCAGUUUCCUAGUUUUCCAAUGAAUAAAUGUUUUUAUAUACUUUUGGAGGUUUUUCCUAAGCUCAUCCUUGUUUCAUCUUUCUCGUUAGCCCAGAGGCAGGCAGCAGAUAGAGGGUUAUUGAUCCAGAAGGAGAAGCUGGGCCCAGGAGUCUGGGGCCUGUCCCGGCGUAUGCUGAGUUUCACGGCCCCUCAGUGCCUCGUCUUUGCCUCUCGACCCCUCCCCGCUGCACGCGUGGCAGGAUUGCUCCGCUGUGCAGACCUGGGCGGCGUCUAGACUCGAGAUCCGCACUUCUCAAUCCGGGGGCGAUUUUGCCCUGCAGGGCACAGUCGGCAACAUCUAGAGACUAUUUUUGUGGUCACCACCCAGCGGGGAGGGGUGCUACCAGCAGCCAGGGGGCUGAGGCCAGCCGUGUUGCUCAGUAUCCUACAAUGCGCAGGACAGAUCCCACCUCAGAGAAUGCUCCGGCCCAAAAUGUCAGUGAAGCUGAAGUUGAGAAACCCUCCUCUCCACCAAGGGCUGCCUUCUGUCCUGCCCUCACCCCGACUCGUGCCCCUGACCCCAUCUCUAAAGACAGGUGACUGACCUGGCCAGGCUGAUGGGAG